AUGGAUCGAGCGUUUCAUUACUACUGCAGUAUAUAUUUUAUUGUUGAUCAACAAUUAGAAACUGGCCUCUGGACUUGUUUGGCUGAAUUUUGGACUGCUGAUAAUUUAGUUAAUCGUUUGGCUAUUGGUGAAGAGGCUUAUCAUCCUCCAUUAAAUUGUGAUACUGGAGAAAUUGAAGAAUUGGUUGAUCCUGGUCAUCAUCAUCAUAUUUUUGUUGAUUUUGUCGACAAAUAUUUUUUGGACGAAGUUCGUGAAGUUCUGAUGGUAUUUCUUGGUGGUGAAAGUUAUAGUUUGGAUCAGAGAUGA